AAGCUUACUAACGUGUAUUUGAGCUGCUCAAUGGUGGAUGGUUUGGCGCCGUUUCAUAUCCUUUGCGCUGAAGGAUUUGCAUUUUUCUGUGGUUAAGGACGUCUAAAAAGUAUAAUAUAAUUUACAUGUAAAAUGCCAAGAUGAGUGUGGUAGCAAAAGGAAGUAGCAAGAUAGUGUAUCCUGCAGGGUGCAAGGAGCUUUCUGAUGAAUUGGGAAAAGAUGAGUUGGUUCGAAGGCUUAAGCUGCUGGCCCGGGCAUUCCAGGACAUGGGUCAGGAUGACAACAUUGAAGAGUAUUCUGGAUUGGCAAUAAGUCUAGCAACAGACUUCUACAUGGAUCAUCAGAGCAAGGAUGUGCGACUUCUAGUUGCUUGUUGCAUUGCAGAUGUCUUCAGGAUAUUUGCUCCAGAGGCUCCUUUUAGGGAUUCCUCACUACUUAAGGAGAUUUUCAUGUUUUUCAUUAAACAACUGAGAGGAUUAGAAGAUCCUGAUUCCCCAACAUUUAAGAGAUACUUCUAUCUACUGGAGAACUUAGCGUGGGUCAAGUCCUUCAAUAUUUGUAUUGAAUUGGAUGACAACCAAGAGAUAUUUUGUAACCUCUUCCAGUUGAUGUUUUCAAUUAUGAAUGAGAAGCAUUCCAGCAAAGUGAGGAACUUUGUGCUUGACAUGAUGACACCUCUGAUUACAGAGGCUGAUGCUGUGUCUCAGGAACUACUGGACAUCAUCCUCCUCAAUAUCAUAGAGCCAUAUAAGACCCAAAAUCGUGUUGCAUACAAUAUGGCACGUGAUUUGCUGAUCAGGACCAGUAAUGCCAUUGAGCCAUACAUACAGGCAUUCUUCAACAAUGCCCUGAUGCUAGGGAAGAUGUCUGAGAGCGAGGUGUCUGAUAGACUCUAUGACCUCAUCUAUGAGCUGAAUCACAUCUCCCCCAGUGUGUUGCUUGCUGUUCUACCACAGCUGGAAUUCAAACUCAAGAGUAAUGAGGAAUCAGAAAGAAAAGCAGUUACGAAAUUACUUGCCAAAAUGUUUUCUGAUCAAGGAUCAAAUCUUGCUGAACAAAAUCGACCACUUUGGAAUUGUUUUCUUGGGAGGUUUAAUGACAUCAGCAUACAUGUGCGCCAGACAUGUGUGGCAUAUGCUCAACACUUUCUACUGAACCACCAGGAGACUUACAAAGAUAUUGUGGAGCAACUCAAGAUUCGGCAGCAUGACCCUGAGGAGACCGUGAGGAUGGAGGUGGUCAACACCAUACUGGGGUUAGCCAAGAAGGACUUCAACAGUAUCACUGAUGAACUGAUAGGAUUCAUCAGGGAGCGCACACUGGACAAGAAGUACCAAAUCCGACGAGAUUCCCUGCUUGGACUUGGUCAGCUGUAUAAGAAGUACACAUUCUCUGAGAGGGUGGACAAGGCCAACCAAGAAAAGGUGUGCUGGGUGAAAGACAAAGUGUUCCAUGCCUAUUACCAGAACAGCAACGAGGACAGAUUGUUGGUGGAGAGAGUGUUUAAUACAUGUCUGGUGCCCUAUAACUCUCCUGUUGAUGAGAAGAUGAGACGCCUCUUGUUGCUGUACUGUACUCUUGAUGACCAUGCUGUAAAGGCAUUUAAUGAGAUGCUGAAACACAAGAAUAAUGUGAAGAACCUGGUGCAUCAGCUGGUUGACUCUUUUGAUCAACAAACACAAGGAAGUACUCCAUCCUUCAACCCCAAAAUAGCUGCACUUGCUCGUUCUCUGCCGGAGUCAUCUAAGUCGUCUGAUCACCUGAAAAAGCUAUGUCAAAUGCUGAAGGAGGACAAGCGGAUGAGACAAUACUUGAAAGUGCUGGUUGGUGAAGAAUGUACAUGCAAGCGGGCUCAGGAACUUGUGCGCGAGGUGCUGAAGAAACUAGGGAGCCCAGCCCCAGGCCUGCAGAACCAGUUCUAUAACACAGUCAAACUGCUGUUGGAGAGGGUUGCCCCCGUCAUGAUUGAUGCCAGUUCUAUAAACAUGUUGGUCAAACAUGUUGAUGAAACAGUGCGUGGACUUGGCAUCAUUACUGAAGGAAUUGAUGAUGCAGCUGAAAAAGGAGUCCGGCUCAUCAUGGCAUUAUCCACUGUUUAUCCAUAUUACUUCAAAGACGAGGAGACGUAUCAAGAACUUCUUACCUUUCUUAAACAUGAAGAUGAAGCUGUCUCCGAUUUGACACUACAGAUCUUCAUCAACACUGGGAAAAAACUUCAGGCAGAUCUGCCAGUUAUAUACUCGAGUCUGCUGCCCAUCCUACAGAGUACAGCUAAGCUGGGCAAUCCCAAACAGAGCAAGCAUGCUCUUCGCUGUAUCAAUAUUGUGUGUAAAAACAAGGAACUCAUAUUUGGACAGAUAUUUGAGCACUUGAAGAAAUCCUUGAACCCUGAGAGUGCAAACUACCUGACGUCUAUUGUCGCUCUUGGUCACAUCGCCCUUUACUGUCCAGAGGAAUUCUCAGCUGAGAUGAAGAAUAUUGUCUCAAAAUUCAUUGUUAAGGAACUGCUUAUGCAGGAUCAGACAGCAGGAGCAGAUAGUAUAGAGAGCUGGUACUCUGAACAUCAUGUCACUGAAGAAACCAUGGCCAAGGUCCAAGCUAUGAAGCUCUUGGUAAGGUGGUUACAGGGAAUAAAGAGCAAUGCAAACAACUCUGGGACAUCAACUCUACGUCUCCUGUUCACUGUUAUCAAACAUGAGGGCGACUUGAUGGAGCGAGGCAAAGUCAACAAGCCAGAGCUUGCUAGAUUGAGACUACAGGCCGGAUGUUGUAUGCUAAAGUUAGCAGAGGACCGCUGUUACUCGGAGCUUAUAUCUCAGGAACAGUUCCGAACCCUGGCAUUUCUCAUGAAUGAUAGUUGUUAUCACGUUCGUCUAAACUUUGCGAUGAAACUUCACAAAGGAUUGCUGAGUUUGAGGUUACCUUUGGAGUACAUGAGCAUAUUCUGUCUGGCAGCCAAUGACCCACUACGGGAACGACGGGCUCAAGUCAAGGUAUUCUUUCAACAGAACGUCAGCAAGCGACGAGAGUACCUGAAACAGACUCCCGCUAUAAAGGGGCGAAUGUUUCACUUCAUGCCAGAUUAUGUGAUACCAUAUGUAAUACAUCUGCUUGCUCAUGACCCGGAUCUUCCUACGCAUGAUGAUGUCACUGCUCUCAAGAAUAUCAAAGAGUGCUUGUCAUUUGUAAUGGAGCCUUUGAUAAACAAGAGUGAAGACUACAACUACAACUUCUUCAGACGAAUGUUAGAAAAUAUUAAACAGACCAAAGAUGCAGAAGAUCCUGAUGAUGCUGACUUGAACAGGAAACUGUACAGUGUAUGUGAUGUGGCCCUCGGAAUACUCAACAGUAAGCCCUCGAACAUAACGUUGAAGGAUUCCUCUGUUGAACCUGUGUUACCUGCCAAGCUCUUCACUCGGCCAGAUAAGAGUUACAGCAACACAAAGAGCUAUUUACCAAAAGAAUUUGUGAUUGAUGGUCCAAAGCGGAAAGCUCAGGUAUCUGGUCCCAAGGGUCCUAGUGCCCAGGAGAUCAUCGUAGAGAGUCCUGGCCCUGUGGUCAACCGGCUGCCUGUUUGUCCCAGAGAACCUAAGAGAAAAAAGGCUUCCUCCACACAGGUUCAGACUAUGAGUGACUCUGAGAAUGAUUCUGGAGGUGAAGAAGAAGUUAUGUUUAAACCUGUUCCUGAUGGACCAAAGAAAAGAGGACCAAAAAAGAAGGACAAAAAUAUCCAGGAUGUGUAUGUGAAGCCUAAAGGAAGGGGGCGAGGGGCAAAAUCUUUGGACAGUCCUGCUAAGCGACCAGGCAGGAAGCCAAAGCAUGUAGAUGAUUCGGGGGAGAGUGAUAAAAUCACGGACAGUUCUCCGGAUGUGAAAGAUUUCAGUUCUUCUCAGGACUCUGAUCAUUCUCCUAAGCCUAAGGCUUUGAUGGAGAGCAAGAGAGGUAACACACAGCAAUCAAAGACUAAGAAAAAGAAAGUUAGCCAAGAGUCUGCGUCUAGUUCACCGGCGUCCUCCCCAAGGAGAAGUAGUAGUGAAUCUCCACGGCGGGGAAAUGUAGAUUCCAAAUCUGUGAAUAAAUCCUCCAUAGUGAAUGGGACAAAUAAAGGAGGUGCAAAACGGACUGCAAAAUCUGAUACAGAAAGCUCAGGGAAUAGUAAUAGAAAACGGAAAGCUGUCGAUACCUCGACAGAGAGGCCUCCAGUGAAGAGAGGACGGCCACCAUCAAAUAAAGCAGGAAAAGCGUUAACCCGUGGCAAGUUAAAGGGAGGGUCAGAUGCUGACUCUGAUAUGGUGUCACCCAGCCGAGCAACUAAACAGCUGAAAAUGGAUCAGUUUAGUUCAAAAGCAGUUCCUAAAAAUGUAAGAAGGGCAAAGAUGAUAGCAAAUGGUACAUCAGACGGUGAUAGUCCAGAGACUGAUGGCUCUAGUUCGCCCAGCAAGUUAGAGUCAUUAAGUCAGAUGAUCCAGACAGUUGACACAGAGGAAGAUAGUGGUAUUAAACGAAGAGUUCGGGGCAAGAGGAAAUGAGUUCCUUUAAGAUGAUAUUAGAUACUACACAGAAAAUCAGAGGUGGGUGUCGGCACCAUGUCCAGUGGCAUCAACGGAAUAGCAGCCACUCCUCAGGAGUUCAUGGGACAGACCCUUACAAGUGGCGUGUUGAGUGCCAACAGAUUUUUGGAGUGCGUGCCAACUGAGAUUUUUGGAGGAUAUUUCUAGGCUUGGUACAGCUUUUGUUGUAGCUUGCAUAACUGGAAGUGUCAUAAACUCUUUAAAUUAUAAGGGCAGCUCUUUUAUCCAACUUUCUCGACAGAUGGUACAGCUUAUUGAAUACAGUUCUGGUGAGGAAGUGCUGUUAGGCUUGUUCAGUUCUAUCUCAGGUUACAAUGAAAUGAGAAAUGAAAUAGACUGGUCUCUUCAUGCUAACAGCUAUACCAUAUACACAAGAUAAAUUUGAUCAUGUACUAGAAAUUUUAAAGACAAGUUGUUUAGCCGCUGUUUGAAAAUUAUUUCUUCUGCUUAUGAGAAGUGAAAAUGAAUUAGCACUAUUGAGGAUGGGAAUGACUGUUAAUUGAUGAGCCCCCAGUACUAAAGAUGUCUGAUAUGUAUUGUGCUAUGAGCAUCACUCCUACACAAGCCUGUCUGAAUCUCGCAGCCAUCAUUGAUCUUAGACAUGGCCACAUGACAAUGACUAACAGGUUUUUAUAUGACAAUUAACAUAUUUUAGAAACAAGUUGAGUUGUGAUGGUCCAUUUUUCCUGUUUUCUUUUAGCAAUCAUGUACUUUUAAAGGGUGAAAAAGUUUGGGAAUAGCAUUAAUCCACAUUUUCAUUGGUGGCUCCUUUGAACUCCAGUGUAUUUGCUUGAAUUCAUUUUAUUGCUCAGUCUGUUAAAAAGUGCAACCUGUCAUCAUAGGAUAAUGUAGUUUAAAUAAUAAAGACAAGAAAUAAAUAUGCUCUUUGACGAAAAAAUGCAAUCAUAUGUAUUAUUUUGUUUGAAAAAGAAAGAAAAAUCCUCGGUAAGAAAGGCAUUUUGAUGUAUAAAAUAGGAUUCCAAUGAACUACUUAAGCAUUCAGAUAAAGAAACUUGCAUGGAGAAUUUAAUUUUAUCCCAGCUAAGUGCUAAUCAGGCUUAAACUUCUCCCUAUUUUGUGCAAAGUACAUUGGGCCAGAUGAUAUAAAAGUAUUGAAGUACUUAAAUUUUGUACUUUAUUCCAAAAUUAAAAUCACUGUUCUUCUGUAGUUUUGCAAAAAAAAACAUCUCUUGCAUGUAAUAUUUCCCCAUGAAUAAUUGUUUAAAAUCUGAAGGUGGAAGCAAAUAAAAUAUCAAAAGGUGAAAUUACAGAUAAUUCCUUGUCCCACUAUAAAAAAUCAGUCAUUAGGAUGGUCAUCAGUCGGGGCCCAAGGGACCUUUUGAAUAUUAUAAGCCAAUCAAUGUGUUGGUGUGUUUUUGUGCUAUACAUUGUACUUCAUCAUGAUUAAAUCGAGUUGGCAAAUCAGUUGUGAAAGAGGUCCUUAAGUAUUAGGGUCAAUAUUGCAAAACUUUUUCUUUUUUAAUUUCCAAAUAACUGCAUCAUAAAACAAACGGGUGGAAAUCACAAAUUUGUAUCAAGGUAGAUUGUGAGAUGAUACUUCAAUUGUUGAACAUUCCAUUUAGCAAUAAUUAUGUACAAGAAUACUAGACCACCUUAAAAUUAACAAAAUAUUCAAAAAAGCAGUUUUGCUUUUCAAGGUCUAGAAAAUAUUUACUGUUUUAAAAUGUUGAUAAUUAGAAAAAACUAACAAAAACAAUAGAUGUGACUACUUUUUUGCAUGGGAGGGGGAUUAGUUUUCAGCUAAAUAUUAUUUAUUUGUUAUGAUGCAAGCAGGUUUGAUAUUGAGAUGGCGAUCAUUAUCACUUUUGAUGUUUUAUUUAUCUGAUUUGUCUUGAUCAUGUUUCAUCUUGAUUCAGUUGCAUCUCAUUUGUGUUUUAAGUUAUAUCAUUUAUUAUGUUCACAUUGUGAAUUCCAUGUCAUCAUAUCCCUAAUCAUAUAUUCAUCUUGGUCUUAAAGUGAUUUGUUUCCACUGGAAAGACAAAAUACGCUUAGACUGGUCAUUGAGUGUCAUGCAGAGUUGUGAGAGCAAAAGAAUUAAAUUAACCAUUGUACAAAGUAUUUCUGACAUUAGAUUCACCAUCUUACAAUCAAUGAAUAUUGAUAAAUAAAUGUUGAAAUGUUCAGUUGA